ACGAGGUUGCUGCUUUAGCCCUUUGUACAGUGAAGAAUUAGCCUGUGCUCAAAGUUAGCUUUCACAGUAACGGCACAAUCAAUUGUGAUCACUGACAACCAUAGACAGUUGACAACACAUGGAUCCAACCUAGCAGCUCUGACCUCACUGUGAUUGAAAACUCCUGCCUCAUGUGCAUCAUCUUCUUGAAGUUUGACCCUCGGCCUGCAUCCAAAAAUGCCUACAGGCUUAUUCUGGCUGCUAACAGAGAUGAGGUCUACAGCAGGCCGUCCAAGGCUGCAGACUUCUGGGGCAGCAACAAUGAGAUCCUCAGCGGUUUGGACAUGGAAGAGGGGAAGGAAGGUGGUUCAUGGCUGGGAAUCAGCAAACGAGGAAAACUGGCAGCACUGACCAAUUACCUGGAAGCACGUCAAAAUCCAGAUGCCCAGGGGAGAGGUUUCCUGGUGUCCAACUAUUUGACGGAUAACCUGGACAGUUUUGCCUACCUCCGUAAAGUGUCUUCAGAAGCUAAUUUAUAUAAUGGCUUUAAUCUCCUCACUGCUGAAUUCAGGGCCAAUGAAGACACAUUGUGUUACUAUGGAAACAAGAGCAGUUCAGAGCCCAUUCAUCUCAAAGCAGCAGGAAUCUAUGGGUUGAGUAACUCUCUUCUGGAGACUCCUUGGAGAAAACUGCAGCAUGGCAAACAGCUGUUCACCAGUGUAGUGAGCAAAACACUGCCCUCUGAUGGCUUAGUGCAAGAACUGCUCCACAUCCUCAUCAAUGAGGAGCUAAACACCCCGGACCCCGCACAGGAGAGUCAAGGUGUGGGCUACAGUAAGGCCAUGCUCCGAGCCCUGUCUGCAGUGUGUGUGCGCUCACCGGGAUACGGCACAAGGACCAAUACAGUCAUCCUCAUCGACCGAGAGGGAAAUGUGAGCUUUACAGAGCGCACCAUGCUAAACUGUGACAUCACCCAGUGGAGCACAAAUAGCUUCCACUUCAAACUGCAGGAAUGAGGGCCAGAUGCCAGGCCAAGGGAAGAAGGUCCUCACGCUGUGCCUUUAUCCAGCCAAUAUCUGCUUAAACCAUGCAGCACCACUGUUUCUAUUGACAUGAACAGCAAGGCUUUCCUGUUGAAACAGGAAAGUGGUUAAUUAUUGCUUACUUCUAAGAGGAAGCUUGAUUGCACUUUCCUUCUUUUUUUUUCUUAUUUAGCUCAAUAACCGACGGCUCACAAGAAGUCUCACACAGAAGCUAUGGCCACAGACCUCAGAUUUCCAUGCAGUUUACCAUAUUUAAAUCCAUCCACAGAUUUUCCCUCAAAUCAGUGCACAAAGCACAGUGCAUAUUCCGUCUGGAUCUACUCGUGAGGUGUAAUUCUGAGUGCAUGUGAUUCCCUCUGAAAUCAUUAUUAUUGGUAUGAAAUGCUUUUGGACAGAAUCGUUUGAGGAGCAAGAUGACUACUGCCAAAGAAUAAUUGUGUCAGUCACAAUCAUUAUGAACACAAGAAAAUAAAUCGUCUUCAUAAUCUUGCACAAUGUAACAUUUGCUUGCUAUUCGGUGCGCCACUGUGAUACCUUUCGCUCAGGAACACGUUGAAAGGAACACGUUUUAACAUUAAACAGCUUUUUCAAUCAUUAGUUUAAAACAGAUUAAAUUAAACCAUUUUGAUUUCAUUUUAUGUUAUAAUGUUUAAAGUGUGUAUGGUUUGAUAUCUCCAAUGUUAUCGGAAUUCUAAAAUCAAUGCAUUUUAUGUCAGCUGUCAGGAAUCCGAUAUGAACGUCAUUUGAUGUCACAUCUUUAGUUGAUAACAGUGUGCCUGAAAUGUAGUAUUCAGCUUUUAAAUGACAGCUGCGUCCACCUGCCUCCUUGUCUGAAACUGAUAAUAUGCUGAAAAAGUUGUUUUACUCACCCUAGAUUAGACAGAGAGUAACGUUCAGGAUGAAUUAAUGAUUCAAAACAAGUCCCUGAUUAUUUCACGCUUGCUUAUUAGCGUUUUUUCUGCUCAAUUAAUGACAGUUAAAACACUUACAGUAUAUUGUCUGAACUGACAGCAACCACAUUUUACUACCAAGGCAACUGAAAUCAAGUGUGGCAGAUCAGGUAUUCUGUUCAGUGUAGUGACUUGUGUCAGUUCUUCAUGUGUGUCAAGACUAAAGCAUUUACUAAAGGGAGCCUAUUAUGCUAAAUUCAGUUUUACAUGGUGUUUGAACAUAAAUGUGUGUCGGCAGUGACAUGCUAUAAUGCACAAAAUCCAUAAAUCCAAAAAUGUGUUUCAGAAUAAGCUGUUUGCAGUUUCUAUGCAAUGUGAUGUCACAAUGCACUGUCCCCACCCAUGUCUAAGCAUAGACCCGGUGUUCUGUCGAUUUUUGC